AGUGGGAGACCUGCUGGAGCUCUCCUCUGUGCUCUGUGUUAGUCUGUCUGCCUCUCUGGUCAGUCAGGCUUGCCUGACCCACGGGGAAUGAGCUCCCGUGGCUUAGCUCUGGCUCAUCCAGCCAAGAACGUGGUGGUGUAUCGCAAUGGUGACCCCUUCUUCCACGGGAGGAAGUUUGUAGUGAACCAGCGGCAGUUCCUGACCUUUGAGGCAUUUCUGAAUGAGGUGACCAAGAGCAUUCAUGCACCCUUGGCUGUGAGGAAUCUCUACACACCCAAGCAUGGCCAUCGCAUUGCUGAGCUGGCUGACCUGCAGGAUGGGUGCCAGUACGUGGCUGCAGGCUUUGAAAAGUUCAAAAGGCUUGACUAUUUAAAUCAUGGAAGGAAGGAGCUCCGUGGGACAGGCAACAGCAACCAUGUGCAGACCUGCACCGUAGCCCCUUGGAAGCCAAACACUGCAGUGCGACAGCAGAAGCCCACCCACCUAACAAUACAUGUUUUUCGGAAUGGGGAUUUGUUGAGCCCUCCUUUCCAACUGAUGAUCUCCAAGAGCACUUUAUGGCAGUGGGACACACUCCUGGCUAUACUGACAGAGAAAGCUGAUCUGUGCAGUGGAGCUGUUAACAGGCUCUGCAAGCUGGAUGGCACACUGGUGUCCAGCAGGGAGGAACUGGUGAAUGGCAGCUACUACGUGGCAGUGGGAACCGAGGAGUACAAAAAGCUGCCUUACUUGGAGCUGCUGGUGCCCCAGGACUCUGUGUGCAGGACAUGCUGGCAUGGACUACAGGCAAAUCACAAACUGCUGUCUCAGGAAAAAGGGAUGACAACAAUUCUGAAGAUGAAGAGCAUUGAAUGAUGUUUUCCUUGGCAGCAAAACCACUCUGAAGAGUUAAAGGACUGUGAUGAGAGGGCAGUUAGGUAAACUGCUCUCUGUAGUGCUGCAGGUAACAAAAGAGGCGAGCAUGAGGUCUGUGUAACACCACAGACUUGCCAAGGAUUUUGAUGUAUUAACAAACUUCCUUCUGUAAACGAUCACAUGGUCCUAGAAGGUCUAUUUCAGUGAUUUAUUAAUCAAUUAUUACCCCUCCAGUGCUGAACAAGGCAAUUCAAUCAUCCCUGCCUCGAACCACCCACAGGAAAAAAAAAAAAAAUCCUUAAGACAUUAAAUAGGAUGUCCUUGCAACAUGUCUUGUUCCACUCUGGUACUCAGGGAAUUUGAUCCAUGCUUUCAGACAGCCAUGUGUCAGAACAGCUUUCUUGAGGCAGCUGAGCCAAACGUGCUGCUGCUGAGCCAGCAGCUCUCCUCUUCAGCCAUGGGUUAGCUUUGAACAGGUUUCCUCUGCUCACUGUGUCUUGGUCAUGAACCAGCUACACACAGGGUGACUCCCAGGAGGGUGAGCAGCAUCCCUGCCACAGCCCCUGCAGAAAUACAGAAUUCCCUGUCACUGCUAAAUACAUGAUUCUCAGCUGUCAUUAAAGAAGAUAGCCUAAA